GCCCAGCAAGCAGGUGGAGCUCAGCCUCCCACGGAGCAUUGGGCGGUGGACCGCAGUGACGCGGCCUGAGACAUGGCGGCCACGCGCCUCUGAGGCCGCAGAGCCGGAGCCUCUUGCUGUGCGAGCUGCGUCUGACCAUGCAGCUUGGCUGCUGACUGCUCGGGCGCGUGGCCCGCAGGAUCCCGGCUGCGGUCAUCACCUUGCAGUCUCCAUGCUGCAGGGUGUAUUCCUCCCAUAUUCCAUGUAUUCCUCCUUAGUGCUUCCGGCCGUGUAGCAGCCGCUGCCGGCCGGGCCUCAGGGCGCUCUGCCUAUUCAUCAGGCACUUUUCCUUUCCAUUUUUUUUUAUUUCCAUUCCUAUUUGCUUCUUCUUUUCCCUUCUGCUUUGCGUCUAUCUUCGCCACCCCGCUAUGGCCGCAGAAGAGGCGCUGAAGACGGUAGACCACUAUAAGACUGAGAUAGAGAGACUGACCAAGGAGCUCACAGAAACGACCCACGAGAAGAUUCAGGCUGCGGAGUAUGGGCUGGUGGUGCUGGAGGAGAAACUGACUCUCAAGCAACAGUAUGACGAGCUGGAGGCCGAGUAUGACGGCCUCAAACAAGAGCUGGAGCAGCUCAAAGAGGCAUUUGGGCAGUCCUUCUCCAUCCACCGUAAAGUGGCUGAGGAUGGAGAGACUCGGGAGGAAACGCUUCUUCAGGAGUCUGCAUCCAAGGAAGCUUACUAUCUAAACAAGAUCUUGGAGAUGCAGAAUGAGCUGAAGCAGAGCCGGGCUGUGGUUACAAAUGUCCAGGCAGAAAACGAGAGACUCUCGGCUGUUGUACAGGAACUGAAAGAGAACAACGAGAUGGUGGAGCUACAGAGGAUACGAAUGAAAGAUGAAAUCCGAGAAUAUAAAUUCCGGGAAGCCCGACUCCUUCAGGACUACACGGAAUUGGAAGAAGAAAACAUUACAUUGCAGAAGCUAGUGUCCACAUUAAAGCAGAACCAGGUUGAAUAUGAAGGCUUAAAGCAUGAAAUUAAGCGGUUUGAAGAAGAAACAGUAUUACUGAACAGCCAGCUAGAAGAUGCCAUUCGACUGAAGGAAAUUGCAGAGCACCAGUUGGAAGAAGCCCUCGAAACACUGAAGAAUGAAAGAGAGCAAAAGAACAACCUGAGGAAGGAGCUGUCCCAGUACAUCAGCCUCAGUGACAACCACAUCAGCAUCUCAGUCGAGGGGCUCAAGUUUGCCGAGGACGGGAGUGAGCCAAACAACGAUGACAAGAUGAACGGGCAUCUCCACGGGCCUCUGGGGAAGCUGAAUGGAGACUAUCGGACGCCCACUGCCAGGAAAGGAGAGUCCCUGCACCCUGUGUCUGACUUAUUCAGUGAGUUGAACAUUUCAGAAAUUCAAAAACUGAAGCAGCAGCUUAUUCAGGUAGAGCGGGAAAAAGCAAUUCUUCUGGCCAACCUCCAGGAGUCACAAACCCAGCUAGAACACACCAAGGGGGCACUGACAGAGCAGCAUGAACGAGUUCACCGGCUCACAGAACACGUCAAUGCUAUGAGGGGUUUGCAAAACAGUAAAGAGCUCAAGGCUGAACUAGAUUGUGAGAAGGGCCGGAACUCAGCGGAGGAAGCCCACGACUAUGAGGUAGACAUCAAUGGCUUAGAGAUCCUUGAGUGUAAAUAUAGAGUGGCUGUCACAGAAGUCAUUGAUUUGAAAGCAGAAAUUAAGGCCUUAAAGGAAAAAUAUAACAAAUCUGUAGAAAAUUAUACAGAAGAAAAGACCAAAUAUGAGAGUAAGAUCCAAAUGUAUGAUGAGCAAGUGACAAACCUUGAGAAGACAUCUAAGGAGAGUGGUGAGAAGAUGGCCCACAUGGAGAAGGAGUUGCAAAAGAUGACUGGCAUAGCCAACGAAAACCACAACACCCUCAAUACAGCUCAGGAUGAGUUGGUGACAUUUAGUGAGGAACUAGCCCAGCUUUACCACCAUGUGUGUCUAUGUAAUAAUGAAACUCCCAAUAGAGUCAUGUUGGACUACUAUAGACAAAGCAGAGUUACUCGAAGUGGCAGCCUCAAGGGGCCUGAUGAUCCCAGAGGGCUUUUGUCACCAAGAUUAUCCAGGAGGGGUGUUUCAUCCCCUGUAGAAUCAAGGACAUCAUCUGAACCGGUUUCAAAGGAAAACACAGAGACUAGUAAAGAGCCAAGUCCAACUAAGACUCCCACAAUCUCUCCUGUUAUUACUGCCCCACCAUCAUCUCCAGUUUUGGAUACAAGUGAUAUCCGCAAAGAGCCAAUGAAUAUCUACAACCUCAAUGCCAUAAUUCGGGACCAAAUCAAGCAUCUGCAGAAAGCAGUGGACAGGUCCUUACAGCUGUCUCGUCAAAGAGCAGCAGCCCGAGAGUUGGCCCCCAUGAUCGAUAAGGACAAGGAAGCCUUAAUGGAAGAGAUUCUCAAGCUGAAGUCCUUGCUGAGCACCAAACGGGAGCAAAUUGCCACACUGAGGGCAGUGUUGAAAGCCAAUAAGCAGACAGCCGAAGUGGCUUUAGCUAACCUGAAGAACAAAUAUGAAAAUGAAAAGGCAAUGGUUACUGAAACAAUGACAAAACUGAGGAACGAGCUAAAGGCUUUGAAAGAAGAUGCUGCAACCUUCUCAUCCCUGAGAGCAAUGUUUGCAACAAGAUGCGAUGAAUAUGUCACACAGUUGGAUGAGAUGCAGAGACAGUUAGCAGCUGCAGAAGAUGAGAAGAAGACUCUAAACACUUUAUUACGAAUGGCUAUCCAGCAAAAGCUCGCCCUGACACAGAGGCUGGAGGACUUAGAGUUUGACCAUGAGCAGUCCCGACGCAGCAAAGGCAAACUUGGAAAGAGCAAGAUCGGCAGCCCUAAAGUAAGUGGGGAGGCGCCAGCCACCGUGCCUACCAUAGACACUUACCUCCUGCAUAGUCAGGGCCCACAGAUCCCUACCAUUCGGGUCAGCAGUGGCACUCAGAGGAAAAGACAAUUUUCACCUUCCCUUUGUGAUCAGAGUCGUCCCAGGACUUCAGGGGCUUCCUACCUACAGAAUUUAUUAAGCGUUCCCCCUGAUCCCACCUCCACAGAAUCAUUUCUUCUGAAGGGUUCCCCUUCCAUGAGUGAACUCAUCCAAGGGCAUCGGCUCAGCAAGGAAAAAAGGUUAACCGUGGCUCCACCAGUUUCUUGUAGAUUGUCAGCAGCCUGCUGCCUCCGUACCGCCACAGUGCUCACAACUAGCUGGGAGGCAAGACUACCCAACUGUCAGUCCGGACAUUGCCCUCAGUAAGGAGCAGCCACAUUCCAGCUCACAGUGUGCACCUCUCCAUUGUCUCGCCAAGCCUCCUUACCCCUAGUCUUCAUCUCUCACGGAUGAAUAUCUGGGCUGAAGGCCACAGUGAGGGCGCUAAGAUCUAGCAGGUGUUUUCUUCUUGGAUGUUAGAUGUACAUGUGGAUUCCAGUCCAUCAUUUUUGAAGAGAAAAGAGAGUUCAGAAGAAUAAAAUGAUACAUAAACCCUCGUGUGAUCAAUCAUGGUUACCCUGAAUCACAGAUGACCUGCAAUCAAAUGGCAACAGUUCACUUCAAACUGAAAUGAGACAUGUAUUUCAGAUAGCUGGCUUCACCUCCAUUGCAUAAAAUAGAUCCAAGACAAUGUAAAAUAGAUAUGCUGUAAAAUCAUCUUUCCCUAUUCUCCAAAGUCAGCUAUAGAUGUUGAUUCUAAUAUUUUUCAUUGAUACUUAUUUUAUAUUUUAUUUGCUGUAUGGUUUAUGUUUAUAAAGAUAAUUUCUGUAAGCAGAAUUUAUUUAUUUUUAAAGAGUCAUAGUUUAUUCAGUUAUUUAAAGUUUUAAUUUAGUUUAAAAUCUGAAACUGGCCAGAUUUUGGUCCUUUUUCUUGCAGAAAAUUACAAAUGAGGUGCAUCAGAAUGUUAACAACAACUAUUUUGCUGCUACAUGAAUAUUCUUUAUGCAGUUAUUUUCUAAUCAGUAACUCAUUGUCAGUAAUUUUUUUUAACUAGAGUUCUUCACUAAACGUUUAUUAAGUAAAUCUAAGAAAGAGGCAAAGCUACGAUUCAUUGACUUAAUCAAGGUUUGAGGGUAUCUUUAAUUUUUUAAAAUUGCAGUUGAGUAGAUAGAUAUAUUGGUGCUGCUCCUGUGUGUGCAUGCGUGUGUGUGUGUGUGUGUGUGUGUGUGUGUGUGUGUGUGUGUGUGUUCGUAUUAAAGAAGGUCAAAUUACUUGAAGGAAAGAAAUGGUGUGCUUAUUUAAUGACCACAAAUUUUUUAAACUUUUCCAAAUUUAGGGUCUUACUAUGGGUUUCCCACUAAAAGGGAUCACAAUAAAUGCAAAAAUAUAUACAUAUAAAACUGUAUGGUAGCCUUGGCUAGUUAAUUUAUGCAGAAAGUGUAUGUUUUGUUGUUUGUUUUCUUUUUCCACAAUGAAUCUUCCUUGCCAAAAAAAAAAAAAAAUAGAUAGUAAACCUUAGCUCAUUGUCUACUUUUAACAAACACACAGGUGCCUACAGUCAUAUUAUAUUGAGAUAAGACAUGUUCCUACUUAAUUUACAGAUUGUGCUAGGUAAUUUUAUGACUUUAUUUAAGGCAUAGAAUUUCAUAGAAAAAUUUAGUUUUUGCAUUAUUGAGAAAACAAGGACAACAGCUAAUAGAGCUGUAAGGUCUAACUUGGAUUCCUCGGUUCUCAAGUGCUGCCCACAUAAUUGCGCCUAACCCUGACUCCUUGUCUUUGUCAGGUAGCCUUAACUUACAUAAAACCAUAAAGGUUUUAUUUUUUCAUGUAACAGUAUCUUUAACUUCUCUUCAACACAGAACUAGUCCUCACAGUUAGCAAAAAGAUGACUAGUGUUGUAGGACACCAACAAUGGCGGUUUCAGAGCUACCCAGCUGUGGAGGGGAAGAUGUGGCACGUUUGUGGAGUGGUCAACCUAAGGUCAGCUGUCAGCCACAAAACACAUUGCAGAAAUGUUUUUUUUUUUUUGUUUUUUGUUUUUUGAUUUUUUUUUGUUAUGUUCCUGUUGAAUACCAGUCAUAGUUACCAAAGCAACCCAAAGAUUUUUGUUCUUUAUCAGAUUAAUAAUAGACCCUGUGGAACCUCUCAUCAAUCAGAAUCCCCACAUAGUUGUCCCACCAGUUGCUUGGCUGUUCCUCCACAUUUUCCUCAUUUAUUGGUGUUAAGUUUACCUGGUGCCAAUAUUAGUAGACAGUACAGAUUUUUGUCAGAGUUCAACUAAAGACAACUUCCUCCCUUUUUUCUUUUCUUUUUCCCCGUUGCUAAUCAUGAUUUGAAAUCCAAGAAGUGUCAGUUACUAAGUCAAUUUUGUACCUGAGGAAAUAGGUACCUCAGAACAAGUUGUGUCUUUGGGCUGGGAACUCCACGGUGGAUCUCUUCUCUGUGUAAGCACUGUUGGCAUAGCUGUGUAUAGAGUUGACUUUUUCCAAUAUGAAAUUUAUCACUGUCUGUUGUAAACUAUUUUUAUUUUAGUUGUUUAUUUGAAUAUAGUGAAAAUUUUUGUUUUGAACUAUUAAGUCUAUAAAAUAUUAAUUUUAACAGAACUUUAAUAAGAAGAUAUAAAAAUUUUGAAACAGAUUUCUCAUUUUCAGCACAAAAGUAGAUAGUAAUUGUUAAGCAGUAAGAGACUAUCAUGUAUGUAUGUAGUUACAUCAUUUGAUGCAGUUUAAACUCAGCUGUAUUUAUAUUUAUUUAUUUACAGACCCGUUCAAUGAAUAAAUGUAGAGUGCUGAUAAAAAUGAGUACCUAUAAAGAUAAUAUCGGAAUGUAAACAGUGAAAACUGGUGAAACAAACACGAAUCUCAAUAAGAGAAUUGAAGGUGCAUUUGAUAUUAAAAUAUAAACUAUAGAAAUUCUACAAAUGCUAAUUGUUGUAGACAUUUUGAACAAAGGUGGGAGAUAAUGUUUAAGAUCAGUUAUCAAAGUAACCAACUACUGCUAUAAAAUUUCCUUACAUUGUAGUGUGCAUGUGUGUGCAUACACAUGCACACACAGAUAUACACACACACUGUCCACAGCAUGUGUGGGAAAGUCAGAGGAAAACCUACAGAAGUUGCUUCUCUCCCACAACUAUAUGGAUCCCAGGGAUUGAACGUAGAUUAUCAGGCCUAGUGGCAAACAUCUUUACCUGUUGAGCCAUCUGAUUGGUUCCCACUUUUUUUUUUAAAUGUAAGCACAAUUACAAAGCUGACUAGAUGAACUAGUAUGCAGAAAUGCUUUCUCACUACGGAUUUUCAUUAAAGCAUAAUAGUAAAAUAAAAAGAAGCAAUAAAUUGCUUUUGGCCUAAGUGCUUAGGAGCAUGAACAAAACUUUGGAUGUAUAAACCUUUUGCAUAUCUAAUCCUGGAUGUAAAAGAAGGAAGAGGAGGAAAAAUGAAUUUUGAAAACUUCUAGAGAAUAUAAAUCUAUAAAGGAAUGAAGAAAAGACUUAUUUGGAAAUUAUACUUUAUAUUUGCCUAAAGGAGAGGAGGUACAAUAAUGAAAUCCAACAAAAAUAACUUAACAAAUGACAGAGAGUAGCUACAGAGCCCAUAAGACUAAGUGAGGAGGGUUGCUAUUACCUGUAGGAAAGAGCUAUUUUAAAGUGGAAAAUUAAUCAUUGGAUAGUUAAAAAGAUUUGUUUUUAAAAACUGGAAUGCUACUGGAAGUCUUGUAAGUAUAGACAAUUUACAAUAAUAUAUAAUCCUAGGAGUCCACAAUUAUAUGAUUCUUUUGUUUUAAAAUUUAAAAUAUAUUGGAUUUUUACUGAUUGGUCAUGGAAUAUUCUUACUUUUAAACUACGGUAACCAUCUUAAUUUUCUAAGAUAUUUAUUAUUUUUAAAAGAAUUUCUUGAAAGUUAUCUGAAAUGUAGCAAUUUCAUUUAAAGAAGCUUCAGUGUCAGAAACUAAAAUACAAUAUACCCAAGAAAACUUCAUAAAUAUUCAAUCUCGUAAGGAGACAAAUACUUUUAAAUUUUUAUUUACUCACAAAGAUCUUCUAUCUUUAACAUUUGCUUUAUCUAUGCUAUAAAACAUGUUCUUAUACAGAUAAGCCCUUCUCUAUUAGGUAAGCAUGAACAAUUGGUCUAUUAAACCAGCUAAGAAUGUGGAUGUUCCCUCAUAUACUAUAUUGAAUAAAAUCCUUUCCAGUAACCAAGCACAGGUUACAAAUAAUUAUAUGAAUAAAUCAAAUAUAUUUUCUACUGUGAUAAAUGUCAACUUUUAUUGUAUAAGUCAGACAAAAGAUUUAAUCUUUCUUACAACGGAGUCAGUGGGCAGAAGUAAGGAGUAACUCAGCCAUGGGGCAUUUGCUGGACCUGUAGCACCCACUGGACUACAAAACAAACACUGAUAUUUCCCUGAAUAAAAUCCUGUUCAUUCAAUCCAAAGACAUCACAAAUGAAUUAAUAUUGUACAUAUAAUGAAAUUUGUAAAACCCACAAUGUUUAAAACGAUUGUUUUAAAUAAAUCAGAGUGAUUUAAAAUAAUUUUGCAUUAAGUCUGCAAAAUUUACAACUUUUCAAAUAAAGCAGAAAGCUAAUGAACUGAAAUCAUGCUAUUCAGCAUGGCCAAUGCCAAGGUUGAAAAGAACUCACUUCAAAAUCAGUGUCCUAGCUCCUGAGUUACCAUAGCCGUUUUCUGUAAUAAUAACCCAAGAUGAGUUUUUGAAAAUAAACUUAUCUUUAUUUAAAUGUUAUUUUAACCACCAUAGUCUCUAAUAUCUUGUAGCAUGUUUUUUUAUUUUAAUACCUAAAAGAUUUCAAGUAAAAUAUCACUUUUAUUACUCAAGAUAUAAAUUAAUGAGACAAUUGGUAUUGAAAGUAAAAAUGUUCUUAGAUUUGAGAUUUUUUCAGAAAUGACAAUCUGUUUAUGAGGAGCAAGCACUUGACCUCCAUUAGUGUAAAGCAAGAGUAUAAGAUGUUUGCAUGAAAUAUUUCACAUCAUGUAAGCUUUCCCAUAUCCACUGCAUUGACUCCAAACUUGUACGAUCUUCUUACUUGUAUGACCUUGACAUUAGGGGUGAAGGAGGCUGUUACACGCACUGGGUCUCCUUUCCAUACUGAGGUGCAUGGCUUUAUCCCUCAAGUUUAUUUUUACAUCUCUCAGAUGGAGUCAUUUAAUAACCUGCCACAUUUGAACUGAAGCUUAAAUGACCUGCUGAUUCAGAUAAUUUCUGGGCUUGGAGUUUGAUUGUUCUACAUUUGCUGAGACUUUAUUUUUGUUUUAACUUCUGUACAUAGUCUCUGCUCAGUAUAUCUCUCUAGUGAGACCAUUGAGGAGUAAAUUUGAUGCUUCUUAAUGUGGAUAUAUGGGUUUGUUUGUUUGUUUUUCAAAAAAGUAAUUUUUUACAUUUUAUUUUAUUUAUUUAUUUAGUUCUGAGACAGAGUUUCUCUGCAUAGCCCUGGCUGUCCUGAACUCACUCUGUAGACCAGGCUGGCCUCAAAUUCGCAGAGAUCCACCUGCCUCUCCAAAAAAGUCUUUAUCAGAGAACUAGGAAGUUAAGGGAACUGGCACUGCUGUGUUGACAAAUCGUUAUCUUGCAAGGGAGAAACAGAAGGAAUCACUGGGCUCAUAGCUAUGACUAUGUGUCAUAUCAGAGGAAAUGCUUUUUAAUGUUAUUGCCACAGAACUUUUAAGCUCAAUGGUUUGACUGUUAGAGUCAAUUAAACAAUUUUUGAAAAUAUUUUAUGACUUUUUUUGUAAUAUAUCCAGUGUCUUUAUUUGCAUGGCUAUGCAUAUAUGAAGAUGUGAUUCUGAUGUUGUGCUUCUUUCCCAUGUUAAAUUUGUGUUAUGUGUGGUCAAACCUAAUUUCUACACUGUAUGCUUAUUCUUGUAAUGAUUCAGUUCUUCCUACGUUUUUAUUAUUAUGCCUUCGGGGCAUAAACGAUGUGAAGUGUUUCUAUCAAAAAAUAAUACCAUGAAAACAUGACUGAAAGACUAAGAAAUGCCUUUCUUGCUAAUUAUUUUUGAAAUUGAAACAUCAGAGACAUUAUCAAAGACACAUGCAUUUAAGUACAGAAAGUUCUUAUAAAUUUAUUGUUUGCUGACCUUUUUACUUUUUGGUAGAUAAUCUCAAAUGAAUCUCUCACAGGAGAAUCCAUAUGUCAUACGCUUGUUUCUGUGCACUCAAUAUUUGUGAAAGGCACCCCAUUGCUAAUGAAAUAGCUAGAUACUAAUAAUUAUUACCUUGGUUAAUCUUACCAACUGACCAUACUGUAUUGCAAAAUUUUUUCCAGUAAAUAAACUGAUUAUCUUUUGUUUAAUUCAUCAAUGCUAAAUUUUUAUUAGUUUACAAUUUUUCUGUAUGCCACUUUCGUUUAUACCUACGACAAAUAAAAAGUAUAGGAAUCACUAUAUGAUUAUAUUUUUAUCCAAUAUAAGAUCUUAUUUAAACUAAAAACAUAAUGCCUUAACAUUUCUGCAUAUUCCUGUGAUGCAUUUCAACUUUAUUUUCCAUUUUCCAAACUCUUAAUCUUUCCUUAAAGUAUAUUUUGGCAGGAAAAUGCACUUAGCUAAAUUAAACUAGGAAUGUAUUAAUACAGGAAACACUUUUAAUGAAAGGAAAAUGACACUUUAUUAUGGAAGUGGUUCCUUCUUUCUUUUACAUAGGAAAGAACUUAAGCCAGACCUGAGGGAGGUCACUUCUACUGGACCCUCCUACAAAACAAAUCAUCGGUUUUGAUUGUUUCAUUUUACAGUGGUGCAGGGUUGAGGAUGAAGGAGAUGUAUGGGUUUAUGUGAAGCGCUAAUGAACGAAAAUGAAACCCUUAUUACUGAUCACAUCUAUGGGCCUGGUUAAAGUUGCCUCUUCAUCUUUGGCACAGAAAACAUUAAAAAUAAAGUGUCUUAAAAAUCA